UCUUGCUCCGAGCAGAGGACACGGAGCAGCUGGCUGCAGCCAUGGGACAAUCUCACCAGCUGGAACACUGGAGCUUGUCUGACUGAAGGAUUCAGAUAAGGUCUCACUGUGUGCUCAGUGUUGGACCGCUUUCCGUUGGGUGAACACAUGACCGUGUGCCUAGAGAUGAAGAUGACGGUGUGGUUUGGGUGUUAUUGACUGGAAUGGGUGGGGAUGAUGGAGUGAAUCAACGUGACUGUAGGUGAUAUACGCCGUCCCGUAUCCUGUGCAUGAAAAAUGACACAAUCUCACACUUUCGUGUUUUCUGACUUAUAAGAAGGUACACGCAGUAAAUAAACCCAACGUGUUUCAGGAAUGAAUAGAGACGACUGCUAAUUUCGGCUUUAUUUGACAAUAAUCAAUAUCUACUAUAUCAAGGUUCCAAACUUGAAAUAGUGUCGCAUAUGCUUCCAUCAUAACACACCGCGCCCCCCUGGACCAGACAGCAUACUGUGCUAAAAUUAAGGUAGAUUACAUAUGGAUACGGUUAUUCAUUUACUUUGUGUGUGAGCCGAAUUGCAGAACAGUGCCACCUGAUUAAAUAGUAGGUAUCCAACAUGUUUUAAAGACCUUGGUAGCUGCCAAUAAGUAAAGUCGCGGGAACUUGAAACAUUUUCGAAUGACGUCUCGUGAGAGUGAUUCUCCGGAGCAUAGAAUGGGAGGGCGGUAACCCCGCGCUACAGUCUACGCUUUAACUAAAGACCAGUCCCGUAGUGAGGAAGGAGUGGAGCGGCUGAUGCCGUGCGGCGUAGAACUAAAGAAGGAACAUUAAUGACCUAUGAAUAAGGUUGUGGGUCCUCAUUGGGAGUCCUCAGUGAGUAGAACAUUGACAGUUGGUUCCUUUGGAAGAAUUUCGCCUGUUCUGGAAUGUAGAGGAGUCGGCUUCAGUCGUGGAAAAAAAUGCAAAGAUCUCAGCCUUCCCACGGGAAGUUAGUCAAAUAAUCAUCAGAUGGCACUGAUGCUGCUGCUACUGAUGCAGCCUAGUUCAUGCUGUACGUUUUGCUAAACUAUUUCUGUCACCAGUAAUACAUGAUGGGGGGUUUGUACACUUCGGCGUAAUGUUAAUAAAAGUGCUGUUUUAAAAAGAGAAGUUAUGUGUCCCAUCUGUAGGGACAACACAUGUAUACAAGAUAUAUCGCAUACACAUUUUUCCUUAAGAUUUGAGUCCUGGUUGAUAUAGAAUUUCUAUAUGAGUGAAAAGAAUGACGUGGUAGAGUUUAGCAUUCUGGAGUCGAUUCAAAAUUCCAUACGAACAUGCUAUUUUUCAGAAUUGUGUGCAUAGUUUCAUUUUUUAUGUGUAAUGGAGAAAAGUGUAAUGCAGCAUUUUUCCAUGAAUGUCACCACAGAUACAGUUUGUAAUACUGCAAAUAUAUACACCAUUGUGCUGCCUCCUUUGGCAAUAUAUAGUGAGUUAACAGACAUUUAUUUAAAUGAAAAUCUUUGAGAUCGUCACUUUAACAUGUCAUAUACAAUUAGGGCUUAAGAUCCAUCUGUACAUAUUUUAUUUUUGUAUUCAUUUAUUUAUUCACAUUUGCAGUUUGUGUGCAAGUCUGAGGAUGAUAAUGCUCUUAACCCCAUUGGAUUGUGUACAUUGUUCUGUUUGCGCUAUGGAUUUGUUUGACCAUCAUAAUGAACAAAUAAUUACUAGCCUAUUUGUUUCUGUUAGAAUAGGAAUAUGUUUAUCCAUCAUACCUGCUUAUUCCUAUUUGUUGAUGCGUGUGGAGCUGGUGUGGAGGCUAUAUCCGUGCUGUCUGGAGGAUAUUCCACUUGCAUGCAUUGAGCAGAAGGCAAGGAAAAAACACUGGACAACCAGAAAGAAAACACAUACACAGCUAUGGAAUAUUCUGUGUUUUCAGUUAAUCUGAGAUGUAUGAAUUUUGGACUUAUUUGCAUGUGUUUUGGACUGUAGGAACCACACAAACACAGGGAGGACAGGGGCUGACAUUCAGACCAGUCACACAGUGCCAAACACGAAGGCAAAUACAAUAAAUGACAUGCUGAUAGUCGAGGGGAUUCACUCUUUUAAAGUGUGACGGAUUCAGGAAAAUAUUUAAAGGGAUAGUUGGAUUCUAUUGUUUUUGUUUGUAAGUUAGACAAACCUAUGGAUUGCUUUUGUCCCCAUACAUUAGAAGCAUGGUGAUGAUGAUAGUCAUGAUAGUCAUUGUUGUCCUUUCCAUUAAGUAAGUAAUGUCAGUAGCACAAAGGUACGCAUAGAGUAGACAGCAGCAACCUUCUACAAACAUAGAGGAAGUGAUCAAACCAAGUGGACCUCCCAUUUGUCUGAUGUGAACUUGUCCUGUGCCUGUGUCAUGCCACUGAGCACUAAAUAAAGAGCAUAUGAAGAUAUUAAAGCCACAGGUAUACUGGAUUUUACUGGUCCAAGCUGUCACAUUCAGUUCAGUACAAAACAAGGCUUGUACAAGCAAUUCAAUUUAAUUCAUUUUGUAUAGCCCAAAAUCACAGAUAUCAAAAAGAAAAUCAGAGGGCUUUACAAUCUGUACACAUACGACAUCGUCUGUUCCUGGACCCUCACAUCAGUACAUGAAAUACUCCCCCCAAAACUGCACUGCACUGCAGCAGCCUAUUAACAGAAUGAUCCCAUCAUGAUUGUUUCUGUGGUCUUUUAAUAAGCUAUUAAUGAGAAAGUAACAUACUGUCAGUCGCACCUGAGCUGACAACGGUGCUCUCAGUCACCAGUGAGAACUCCAUUGCUAAAAGCUAAUUCAGACAGUGACAGUGGUGAUUCAGUAUAUUUAGUUCACUCUGUAGAUUUGACUCAUUCCAACAUGUACUGAACAUCUCUAUUGUCCUUUAAAAUAGGCAGGGCAGAGUCAAAGAUUUCCAUCACACAAAGGAGCCCAUUGUGAACUCCACGCUGACACGGUAAGAACAUGCAUAGCCAGAAGCCUUUCGCAGUGCGGCAACAGUGCUAGUAACUGCAACACAUGCUGCCAUUGAACAUCUGAAAUUUAAUAAACACCUAAUAACCUUGCAGUAAAAAAUUCUGGUUAAAGCCCCAUUGAGCCAAAUUGAUGAUUUGUGAUAUUGGGCUGUAGAAGUAGAAUUAACUUCACAUGACUACUUAUGUUAAGUCUAUAAUGUUACACUUUCAACAUUAUUUGUUGAAUAACAAAUAAUGCUGAGCAACGCAAUGUAGCCGUAAAGCUCUGAACACACGUCAUUGGGAGACGAUUCUGUCGAGGUCAUGAUGAUGCUGAGUCAUCUCUGCUGCUUUCAGCUCUGUGCCUCUUUAAGCUGCGAGUGCGUGUCAGGGAGAGAGACUGGCCAUGCAUCAAGAACCUUCAUCUCAGCGUCAACCUACUCUUGAUGUUGACCGGGUCUGCAACAGAAGGCUUGGUGAUGAUUUGAACCAACCACAAAGCUUACCAAACCUACGUUAUGACUGAAUUAGAAGAUUCUGGGGUGGUGGAUAAUCCCUCGCCCUACAUAAUCUUUGUGGUGGUCUUCCUCUUCUUCCUCACCGGACUGCUUGGCUUUCUCGUCUGCCACCUGCUGAAGAAGAAGGGCUACCGCUGCCGCACUGGAGAGAUGAACGAUGAAGAGGAGGAGGAGAAGCUUGGAGAAAAUGAAGACGAUGAGGUCGAGGAGAACCAGGACACAGUGGAGCAGAUCCUCAAAUGCAUUAUUGAAAAUGAAGCUAACAUGGAAGCCUUCAAUGAAAUGUUUGGAAACCAUGUGCACCAUGACCCCAGGUUGCUUAAGGAGUCCGUUGGUGGUGUUCCUCCCCAUCACCACACAGUCCACUCAGGUACCGACCACAACUCCUGUCACCUCUGUGCCCAGGUCCGAUCUAAAAGGGGCCGAAGACAAAGUCGAAGCCCCCGCUUUAAACAACGACCGAGAGAGCAGACUGUCUUCUCUGUUGGCAGGUUCCGGGUGACGCACACUGAUAAGAAGCUUCACGGAGGUCCUAAUCCAAUGGUCAGUUCAGGAGACCAGCUGGAUCAAUCCCAGGACAGCGAGGAACGGAAGGAAGGAGGGUACAAUCUGAGGAGCAUGUUCAAGGAUGUCCGAUCGCCUUCAGAGGGCUCUAAUGGGGUUACUGUGAAUGUGGGAAAACGCAGGAAGAGUGUAGCCAUAUUUGGGUUUAGGCGGGGAAGCGACCCCGUUGGCAUUAAAGUAGGAGAAGGGACAGGAAGGGAUACUGGAGGUGUUAGAUUCGCUCUUCAGCAGCAACCUGUAGUGCUGGAGGAACUGUUGCAGGCAGAGAACAUUGAAGUUGCUAAUGGAAGUGAUACUAAACCUGGUAUCAAACCUGAAACCGAUCCAUCUAAGAGUCAAACUCCUGCUUCACCUCAACGUGCGGUUAAAAUGUCAGGUUCUGUUAAUUCUCCCUCUUCCCAAAGUAAGGAUCUGGCCCAUGCUUCUGAGAAUGGCUCUAAACAUAGGCCUAGUCCUGAACCUGGUACAAACCAUAUGUUCAAACCUUCCGUUGGGACUUCCGCAGCUUCUGCCCCCAGCUCUCUUCCCAUUCCAUCUCCUGCUUUAUCUGGACAUUCAUUUAAGACACCAGAGAAAGAAGGAGAUGUUGGUGAGGAUAAGGUGUUAAAAAAUGAAGAGACAUAUGAUCCUGGACCGCUACAGACCUCUACACCCAUUGCCCCCAUGCCUGGAGCCAUUCCAGGUUUCACUCCUGUCAUUCCUACUGGUCAACCUGAACCCUGUUCGAGCCCAGGUUUUUCAGUUACCCAAACUCCCCCUGACCCAAGCUCUGGCCCAGAUCUGCAAUCAGGUUUUGAUGCAAGCCUAGCUUUAAUAAGCUUAGGUUCAUCUCCUCCAUCUUCCUUACCAAUCAAGACCCUAUCUUCAUCCUCUUCAUUAAAAAUGCCCAUAUCACCCAUGGGGGUCACACCAAGCCCCAAACUAAGCGCAAUAAAUACAUCAUCAGAGGCCUCAAGCCCCAAACUCCCAUCAGGCCCAGCGAUGACUAGCCAGGCCCCUGUUCCAUCUUCAUCCUUUGGAAAAAGUGUAAGUCCUUUCCAAGCACCAACUCCCUUACCUCUUACUGCUAGCUCCAAACUUGACACCAUACCAGUAUCACCACGAACCCCCUCUUCUCCAGCUGACCAAAACCUGUCCUUUGGAUGUUCACCUCGUCUGACUUUGAAGUCAGGAAGUGUGGUGUCUGUAGCAUCUAUGACCAGAGGGGGUAUGAUUUCAAGCCCCUUGUCUCUAAAGGAACAAAAGCUGGAAGGAGCCAGAACCCCGAAGACGGAAGAAAAGACAGAAAUAGCGACGGUAGGGAUUCUCAAAUCAGCUAAACUUUCACCAGUUGAGGGAGAUUCUAAAGGUUCUGCCCUUUACUCUCCCACUGAUCAGCUUUCUAAAGACAGACUGAGCAGUUUGCCUCUGUCACCUUCCAGUCCCCUGUCCCCCUCCUCACCAAUAGGAAACAGAAUAAGCAGUGUGACCAUCAUCAAAGCCAGCCCUGACAGCAAGAGAGAGUUCUCUGUUGUCACUAUGAUGGAGCAGGAAGUAUCCUCUACUUUAAUAAAAGAACAGAAAGGAGCAGCUUCUGAACUCAGGGUUGAAUCAGAAAAAGCAGGAAUUAGUCUAGCCAUUGGUCAGGAAGGAGAGGUUUAUGUUUCAGGUGUUGGACAAUGUGAAAAUCAAAGUGAAGAGCCUCCUAGAGCAGAGGUUAGGCCAAGGGUGAGCCAAGAGAAGGAUGAUAUGGUUGAGAUGGAAGAUAUUAGGGACUGCAAAGUGACACAGGUGGAAGAAGAAGACAGGGUGGAGCAGGAGGUGGAGAAGAUGGUGAACAUUUAGUCAAAACAGAAAUGAUAGGUGGACUGUCAUAUGGAGAUGGUUGAGCAUUCAGCGCUGAUGAUCCAAAGAAAGAAGUGAAGAGUCGCACGACUUGGUGGACUAUGCAUGUUUUAGCCUUUUCACCACAAAUCACACAUACUUUACAUCAUAGCUAACUAUUUUGCAGACCAUGCCUUUGUGUUUAAGAUUUUUCAAUUGAUUUUACAGGCAGCUCACUGGGGAGUUUUCUUUUGACUAAAUUGUUUUGUGACAGGCUGACCACUUGGUUGGCGGAUGGGUUACUUGGCAUCUAGGUGCUUAAUUGACUUGCUAAUAAAUGUGCUUAGGGCUGGCAGCCCCUAAUCUCAUCAAAAUCCUGCUGAUUGUGAAUCAAGAUUUACAGCACAAGCACAGGGGAGCAACAGCCGCUCUAUGGGCAGCUUGGCCAUUGGAAAUGUCUCAGUUGCGUGAAUAUGCAACAAGCUCAUGUAUUUCUGUUUGCCCCCUUGCUAUACUUCUGUGGAUUUUGUCAAGUACAGUAUAUUGCCAGGUACAAAAACAGUCUGUUCCAUAUUUCUCCAAAUUUGGAGUGACUAUGACAAAUAAUCUUACAACUCGUCAAAUACCAACACUUGGUCAGUGCCCCUCAGCGUCUGAUACCAACACACCCUUUAACAUCUGCAUGAGACACACGAGGCUUUCAACUGACUACAAUGUAAUUGUGUCGGUAUUAGACAGUCAGUGCAAUUGACCAAGUGCAAAAGUCCAUGUAGGGAGGAGGUGGAUAGUUAGGUCAAAAAAACACAGACUUUCACUGAGGAGACCACUGUUCAUGUCCAGUGUGAGACUGAGCCAACAUUGACUUAUUUUACCUCACUUUUGUUCCAUAACUUACAAAUGCGCCGAAGUUUAUUUAAAAAAAAGAAAGCAUUAUGCAUGUAACAAGCCUUCUCUCACACAUCCAAAACUGCUAAAAGGGGUAACUAGAGCAUCAUAGCUUGAAGCGAAGGGUCACUGACCAAGUGUUGGUAUUUGAAAAGCUAGAAGUGAAACUGUGUUGCCCAUGAGAGUAUAUACUUAUGGAUGUUCACAAUGCCCCCCACAGAUUCACCCUCACCUGCACAGGUUACCACAUGUUAGUGCUGGUGAAGAAAUAUGGACUUGAUCCCUCACUGGUUUCCCACCAUACAACUACUACCAGUUGUUUUGAGUAGGAAUCUUAUUUUCUUAUUACCAAAGACCCUGUCAGCAGUCAUUUAUGUGACGAACUAGAGUAGUCCCACCAGUAAUAUCAGUAUCGUAGUAAGUUCUUCUACAAGUGUAAUCAGGCACAUUUCCUGUAGACCAAGCACUCCAGUCACAAACUAGUUUUCUGGAAUUGUGAAAUGAAUACAUAUUCAGAAUUUAUUUUUUUCUAGUCUUGUUAUUCACAAUACUUCUCUGCUCAUGCUAUCUUGUAAUGUGUUCAACAUAAAUCGAACCAGGAUACUGCAAAAUAAUGGCAAAAGGUGAUGGAUGGCAAGUACAGCCAUAGACUUUGUAGUAUGUACUGAUGAUAGUUGUAUCGAGCAGUACAUGCCAAGGCAUUACAGUGUGGGAGCCCCAUAUGUGAAAUAAGCUCCCAGACCUGAAACUUUCACAGAAUAAACUCUGCUGUCCUUAAAGCUGUGAAACUUAAGAAUGAUGUAUUUUAAAGUAUGAAUUCUAUUUUGAAGUACAAUGGAGUAUUCUGAAGUCUAACUUCCAAAGCUUCAUCGGCAGAUAAGGGAAUCAUACUCAUAGUUACAGGUGUGUGAUGUCAUACAUAAACUAUCUACAACUUCACCAUUCACCUUUACUGUGUCUCUACUCUAAAUACAAAACUACUACAGUAUAAUUAUCAUGUCAUUAUAAUAAUAAUUAUCAUUAUAAACCUUGCAGCAACAAUCUAAAGGCAUGAUCUAUGGUGCAUAUGGUUGAAUUACCCUUUUUCCCCAACCUUGGUUUGAUUUUGUUGGUUGGCGUCUGAAACGCUACAAUCUGUGGACAGAGGAAUUAUAAUUACAUCAAAUUUGGUUACACAAGACUUUGGUUUUGUUAAAGGCCCUCUGACUACUCAUAUAGAUUAUAAAAGCACUGUCAUUGCCUUCAGAAAUGGUAGCUAAAAUUACAAAAAGAAGAUCCCGGUUGUAACAGAUGUUUUCCAUUCAAUGUCAUAAAAUAAAUUGGCUUCAAAAGCACUCUUGAUAAGUAAAAGAAAAACAACCUUUCCGAUGCUUAGCUUGUUAAAUAUUAUGGCAAUUAAGGAUAAGAAAAUACACAACUAAUAAAGUAAUAAUCUGAAAUAUUGUUAUAUCACAUUCAGUUCAUUAAGUUUGUUUGGAAUACAUAGAAAAGGAACCAGGUAGUUGCUAUGACUGAGCCACCAUGUCUGAAGAAAACAGCGAAAGAAACUUAAAAUUGAUCAACAAGAAUAAAGUGAGCUAUGGGAGGAGGCGAGCUCAGCGCACGGCAGCAGCGUCUUCUCCCCGUCACUACUAGUGUUUAUAUGGGAGAGGAGACACAAUUAAAGAUCGGCUUCAGCUGCGGCUAAUUAAGCCUCUACACGGCACCGUUCCCUGAACCACCCCCCCCCCCCCCCCCACUCUGUCGCCUCUGCAGCAGCGCCCAGCCACCACACAGUACAAACUUUUUGCAUAAAUAUUUCAAAGUCAUUCUCAAAACCUUAAGAGUUUUGCCUUAUAAAAAUGGCCGAAUACAUGCUGAACUCCAAACCCUCAAAAACAAGAGGAACAAUUUGAAUGUACGGUAGUGUAAUACUUACAAUCCCUUCGCCUCAUUGGCUAGCUUUGGUUUUAUGGGUGCUCAGGUUUUGAGGUAUCGGCCUCUGAAAUAUUAACCAUCCAAAUAGUAAAGGUGAAUGAAAUUUAUGUACCGUAUAAAACUUAGAGUAAGGUGAGAAAAUAUGUACUUUAUUUAUAUAUUUUGAAUAAACUAAUCUUUAAGACAUAGAGAAUGGUGACACAAUGGUGACAUCAAACCCUAGAAGGGAAUCUUUAUUUGUUACGAUUUGCUGGCAUUCAGCCCAGUACAGUACAGCUGGGCCUCUGGCUCUGGAUACUCCUCCAGAGACUGGUGAGAACAGAAGGAGUUUAUCAGACAAAGUUCAAAGGUUUCAGGUCGGUGGUCAGCGUCAUUUCCUGGCCUUUAUGGGAAAGCAAUCAGGAGGCCUGAGUCUGCUGACCCAAUUUCCCUUUCACUGCAUGUCUUUCUUUUUCCCCCAAAUUUUAAUUUCAACGAUCAUCUGUUGGGCUGUGUGAACUUUUUUCUUUUCUCAAGCUGACAUGUGCACAGAAUGUCUCCAUCCAAGUCUAAAACACUGCAUCUUUAUCCGGACCUCUGCAGUGAACUUUGAUACCUUCAUGAUGUGUUGACGUUUUUACAUGUUUCUUAUGAAUGUUUCAAAGUGUGAUUAUGGUACCCUCUACUGGUCACCAAACACCUCACAUACAGUAUAUACACCUCCAUCAUCUACCUUCAUCGCCACAGAAAAUCUGUCCAUAAACUGCUCUGUCAACAACAUAUUUAUUCUAUUGCAAAUACAUGUGCUCAAGUAAUUUACAAGAUUAUUAUCAGUAUGUGUAUAGGA